CCUUCUGGGAGGUACUGGAGUGCAGCCAACACAUCAACUAGCACCCACUACAGGAGAGGAGAGACACUUGGAAUAAAAGAAAACUGAAAGUUAACACACAAAUUACCCAAUCAAUACGUGAUCAAACGUCCAGGUUGUCUGCAACAGUGAGCAGGUCUUAAGGAGUAGUGGGGGGUGGGAAAUGUUUUCAAACCAACGUUUUGCAGUGACAUUACAGAGAGAAAACUGAGACGUUUAUGUAUUUUUCAAGUGUAACCAUCCUCUCACAACUCUCCUAAAGUCUUAGAGAUAUGCAAAGAAUUCUCUCUUUGUCAGUUUCUCGAAGGGUCACUGUGUUUUAUAAAUGACUGUGUACUGUAGCAGAAAGCAAGUUGUCAUUGUUGCAGCCAGGAGCCUGUAUUGAAAAGGGUUAAUCCUAUUCUCCACAGAUAGGACAAACGCUACCUUUUCUCCUUCUCGUGUGUGAAAGGAUUGUACUGCGGAGCUGGGGGGUAAGAGGAGGUGCCGGGAGAUUGGAGCCACCCCUCUCUUUCAGUUCCCUUUAAGAGCUAUUGUUAACUAGGAGUGAGUGAGAGAUGGAACCUUCCAGCAAACAGUGGGUGUAACGCGAGAGCUGCUAAUUGAGAUUUCUAAUGCUGCUGACCCCUUAAGGGCACAAGCUCUGGCAACCAAUGCUCCAGUAUCUUUGCUGGCAACUCUGACUCUGUCAGACAGCGUGCCCAGAGAGAGAGAGAGAGACUGACUGACUGGGGUGCUUGCUGUGCGCUCUCCAUUCCCUCUGGUGUAGAGUGUGAGUGCACACUACACUGAAACUGGACAGUGUUACCAGGACCAGCACGGCUUUAGACUGAAAUACCUUCUCUUAUGCGUUCCAAGUGUGUUUGCGCAGUAAUCACCCAGAAACAUCCCUCCACCCGCCGAGAUCUUUGUGUUGUUUACUUUUGGAUUUAACUGUGCAGUGCAGCACAUUUGUGACGGUCAAGGUAUGCAGUCUGGAGGCUCGGGUAGGUUGUUAUCAGGUACUGGCGACUCCUAACCCCACCAACGGUUUACAAAUCGCUUAAGAUUUGUGUUUCUUUGCUGCAGUGGUAAUAUUUCACAGAGAUCGCUGCCACCAGCGGAGCAGUGAAUAUUUCUGGGAUUCAGCGGCCAGCAUUAAGCGAGUUAGGGACAGAGAUUGGAAACUUGGAGCACAGACUCUACUCGGUGUCGUUGUGCUGUGCCCAUGCUGUUCCCCUCUCCCUGUGCAUCCGUGCCACCCGCCGCACACUCGCACAGGUGACUCUUCAGAUGUGCUUGAAACUGACUCGUCCCGCCCGAUGCAAAGGUACUUGAAGAAUUUCUGGAAGCCUUUAUCCUGGCACGGUGUCCCGAGGGGGACGGCAAUUGGCGGGGUUUAAUCGUGCAUCGUCACACGAGUACCUUGAUGGAGUGAGCCACUGUGGAGCAACUAUUGUAGCCCAGCACCGAGCCGUCACAUUGUGUCAUUGUCCAGGGACCGCUCACAAGACGCUUGUAGAGGAGAUCACCAGCAAUUCAAGAGUCAAGAUUGUCCAAUUGAAGAAUUCAAAGUCGUAUGCAGAUCCCUGCCAAUGACUGCGCAGAACAACUAAAGUGCAAAAGAAAAUCAGGCUGAGGGUGCCUUCAUUGUCCCAAUGAAUGCCCAGAACAAUUGAGCUACCAAGUUUUGGAAAAUUUAUAUCUUUGAAUUUUAACCAAAGGAAGAGGUAUGAGCCACGUGCCAUGCCAUCUGUGUCUCUGCUUGUUCACCCUCCUUACACCCACUACGUCAAGGCCCACUGUAUCACAGUUGGAAGAAAAUAAUUCGCAACUAGAAUUGUUCAACAAUGAAGCAGCAGAAUCCCAGGACCAUAUCCUCCUGGACCUCCAUGAUGGGCUCAAGCUGACAUGUGGCACCAAUCAAUCUGAGAAUGUCAACUGGUACAAAGAAGAUAAGCAGAUCCUGCCCAGUGAAAGAAUGCAUAUAGCACGGAAGGUUCUAGAAAUUGUCGAGACUACAUACAAUGACUCUGGCCUAUACCUAUGCGUGGUGCGUGGAACAGGCAAGAUUCUAAAAAACUUCACCGUAACUGUAGCAGAUUCUUUGUCUUCUGGAGAUGACGAUGAAGAUGAUGGAUCUGAUGACUCGGCUCUAGAAGCGAGUGAUGGCCGUUCAUUUCCUAAGAAAGGGACUCCCUACUGGACCCACUUUGAGCGAAUGGAGAAACGGCUGCAUGUGGUUCCAGCAGCUAAUACCGUGAAAUUUCGCUGCCCAGCAGCUGGAAAUCCUCUUCCCAUCAUACGCUGGCUGAAGAAUGGCAGAGAAUUCCGGGGAGAGCAGCGGAUCGGAGGAAUUAAGUUACGUCAUCAUCGCUGGAGCCUCGUGAUGGAGAGUGUUGUACCUUCUGACCGUGGGAACUAUACCUGUGUGGUCGAGAACAAGUAUGGCAGCAUUAACCACAGUUACCAAUUGGAAGUUCUGGAGAGGUCUCCUCAUCGGCCUAUCCUGCAGGUUGGCCUGCCAGCCAACAAAUCUGCAGUUGUGGGCAGCAAUGUGGAGUUUCACUGCAGGGUUUUCAGUGAUGCCCAGCCUCACAUCCAAUGGCUGAAGCAUGUGGAGGUGAAUGGCAGCAGAUAUGGACCCGAUGAGGCCCCAUAUGUCCAGGUUUUAAAGACUGCUGAUAUUAACAGCACUGAAAUUGAAGUUCUUUACUUGCAUAAUAUCACAUUUGAAGAUUCAGGGAAGUACACCUGUUUGGCAGGCAAUUCUAUUGGGAUCUCGUACCACUCAGCCUGGCUGACAGUUUUACCAGAGGAAGAGGCCCCGAAAAUAAUUGACACCUCUGGGACUAAAUAUACGGACAUCUUGAUUUAUGCUGCUACAUCUUUGGCCAUCAUCUUGUCAGUGGUCAUCGUCAUACUGUGCAGGAUGCAGGCAAAUUCCACCAAAAGGGCAUUUGACCCACUUCCUGUGCAGAAACUCUCCAAGUUCCCUUUUAAAAGACAGUUUUCACGAGAAUCCAAUUCUUCAAUGAAGUCAAAUGCCUCACUGGUCAGGGUAGCACGUCUAUCCUCCAGUGGCACACCCAUGCUGGCAGGUGUUGUGGAGUUUGAGUUACCAAUGGAUCCAAAAUGGGAAUUCCAUCGUGAUAAACUGGUAAUGGGGAAACCCCUCGGAGAGGGCUGUUUUGGACAGGUAGUCAAAGCAGAGGCAUAUGGGUUAAAUAAGGACAACCCAGACAAACCAAUUACUGUGGCUGUGAAAUCACUCAAAGACGAUGCUACAGAGAAAGACCUGGCAGAUCUUAUCUCAGAAAUGGAGAUGAUGAAGAUGAUGGAUAAGCAUAAAAAUAUUAUUAACUUGCUUGGUGCCUGCACGCAGGAUGGUCUGCUAUAUGUAAUUGUGGAGUACGCAGCGAAAGGCAACUUGCGGGAAUACCUCAGGGCUCGGCGGCCCCCUGGCAUGGAUUACAACUUUCAAAUCACCAAAGUGCCAGACGAACAAUUAACAUUUAAAGAUCUGAUAUCCAGUGCUUACCAAGUGGCACGGGGCAUGGAAUAUUUGGCAUCUAAAAAGUGUAUCCAUCGUGACUUGGCAGCCAGGAAUGUGCUUGUAACUGAAGACAAUGUCAUGAAAAUUGCAGACUUCGGCCUGGCACGAGGUGUGAACAACAUUGACUAUUACAAGAAAACCACAAAUGGUCGCUUGCCAGUAAAGUGGAUGGCGCCAGAGGCCUUAUUUGAUAGAGUGUACACACACCAGAGUGACGUAUGGUCAUUUGGAGUCUUGAUGUGGGAAAUCUUCACACUAGGCGGCUCACCCUAUCCAGGAAUCCCUGUGGAGGAACUCUUCAAACUUCUCAAAGAAGGCCAUCGGAUGGACAAGCCAUCAAAUUGUACACACGAGCUGUACUUGCUGAUGAGGGAGUGCUGGCAUGCAGUGUCUUCCCAAAGACCAAUGUUCAAGCAAUUGGUCGCAGAACUUGACAAGAUCUUGAGUUCUAUAUCGGACGAGUAUUUGGACCUCUCAACUCCCUUUGAGCAAUAUUCUCCUUCGUGUGAGGACAGCAACAGUACGUGUUCCUCUAACGACUCUGUCUUUGCCCAUGAGCCCUUGUCCGAUGACCCGUGCUUACUCGGCUAUCGUGAUUGCAACACUCGAAGCAGGACUUGAGAGAAAUGUAAUCCUGGAACUGUCGUCUCAAUACGCUUAAUUUUCUUGUAAUUCACCAAAGCAGUAUAUUGGGGCUGGUCCAAAAAUGGAUUGAGACUGAUUUCCCCCAAAAACUGCCUCUUCCUGAAAGCUAUGAAAUAUUCUUCCAUGGCAAAGUGCUGUAGACCCAUUAUGGUGUUCACUGGCUCAGACGUAUCAUGAUUCACGCCUUUCGAGACUGAUGACUAUGACAAUAAAAAGCCAUAUUUGAAUAAGGAGAAGCCUAAGUAUUCAGGCACAGGGUCACAUCAGAGCUCACUGUUACAGGAGCACUGUGCUUUACCUCUUGAUUGUAUACAUUACCAUGUGACACUAUCAAGGGGGCUGCUGCUUCACAGCUUGAUGACAAAUGGCAGUGAAGGAGCAUUAAUUCAGCCACAACAGACACCAUUAAAGAAGUUACCUGGAACAGAAUCCAUGUGGUCAUUAAGAAGCAACCAAUAAAACAAGGUAUUCACCAAACAGAAAUCAUAUCACUUCCCUCAAUCUUUAAUGUACCCUUCCGUGAUCGAAACAUGAAGUGAAAGACUGCCACCAUGAAAAUCUUGUCAAUGGAUCAAAUCUAUCAUCCGAAAAUAAAAUUGUUAGCAGCAUUAUAGACUGUACCCAUUACCUUGUGAAAUUAUCUCAUUCAAUGUCAGGAAGUUUUUAUUUGUAUUGAUUUUGCUCAAUAUAGGACAAAGUCAUUGCGAAGGCGAGGUUUUCCAGGUAACUAUUAACUGCUCGUAAAAUAUUUCCACCAGCCAUAUACACCAAUCACAGAGUUAUGUACCUUCAAAUGAUGCAAUGAUCUGGUAUCUCGUUUUUAAAAGAAAAUAUCUUUACAUCUAGACAUACAAAUAGCCAUCAAAUUAACGUGUUAUAAUUCUAUUUUUCAACCAGUCUUGCAAAGCUGGUGCAGAUGCUCAGGGAACAGCCUGUUCUGAAUAUCCAGUGGCCAACCUCACUGAAAAUAAUUUGUAUGUAUAGUGCAAACAUAUUGCUUUUUUUGUGUUAAGAAAAAAUGGAUCUGAAGUACCAGACACAAUUGGCAAUAUAACAGCAAGGAAUCAUCCAGCUGGGUAACCAGAUCCACUUUCACCUAUAAACACGGCAAUUAGUCUCACAAGCGCAAUUACCACAGCAACUGCUCUUUGUAGAACAUUGAAUACAUUUUACUGUGUGAAUGAACAACUUCGAGAACAGCUGGUCCAGUUCUUUGUAUCAACAGUUAUCCAGACGAUCAUUGGUUUGCUGUUUAAUAUUCUGCAAAAAACUGUAACAUAAAGAAAGAUUUGUGUCUGAAACUUUCUUUAAGUAGCCUAUCCAAAACCUUUUGGCAUUCAUACUUCCUUUGCUGGUUAUCAGUGUCAAUAUUUCUGUGGCUUAAAAUAUUUGCAGUCUUUAUUGGAGACAUCUGCAGAAAAAUUCUUUGAGUUAUUUUCUGAAUAAUUGCAAUUAUUUUCUUUAGUUAUUUGCUUAUUUUCUGGUCUUCUACACUGUGAGGAAGGAGAACAAGCAGCCGGAAAGAAUAGUUAACUUUUACUCUAGUUUUACCUUUUUACCACUGUGGGGGUUCUCAGACCUUUGCUCUAUACAGUGAAGAGAUCCAGUUAGUGAUUUAUGGGAAAUGGGGUGAAGGGUGAAAUUGGAGUAACAAAUCAAUGUCCCGACGUUCCAGGAACCAGGGAGCCAGGGUCAAGGCGCCAAAAGACUUCAGCAAUUUUUUUUCCUUCUUGGCAUUCUACAGAUAGUGGGAGCAGGAAUCUUCAUAGCUGGCUUGUAUCCUGAAAACUGGCUCCCCUGUGAACAUCAAAAUCAUGUUAGGGCAGUGGCUGGGCAAUCAAAAACGCGGUUUCUCUUUGGAUGCUAAGCUGCUGUUAUUUGUCAAGUUCAUGUAUUAUUUUAAAAUCUGCCACCAUGGUUCUAAAAUGUGGUGCACGAUGAGAAGUUAGCUUUUCUGCAGUAUUUGUGAAUAUGGUGCUGUAGAACUAGGUGGAGAAGGAGAUUUUCAUGUUAUGAUCUCAGGACCUUGCCUGAAUUGUCCUCUCCUGUUAAUCACAUGUCUUGUAAAUAUGAUUGAAUUGAAUGUAACCGGACAGAGUAUCUUACAUUGGCAUGUUUAUUGCAUACAAAUUGUUGCUUUUUAUAACUUAUUUUUCUUUCUGAAACUACAAUGAGAUGCCUUUUCCAUCGUGGUCUUGGAAUUUAGUUUAUGAAGACUAUGAAGAGGUUUAUAGUAUUUGUGUACAAUAAAAUGUGUGAUUUUAAUCGAAGGGCAAAAUGGUUGGUAGCUUCAGACUGAAAGCUUAUUGCCUGUCUUCAUUAAGUUGCUGAUGGUUAAUCAAUUCACGGGUGACUGGCUUUCUGUAUGCUGGUUCUUUUUUUAUUCUUUAUUUACGUUCACCUUGGAGCUUCACCUUUUAAGGUCAGGAUUGAAAUAAAACAAAAUCCAGACAUAUGUAACAUGAUUCAACCCAGACAAGCAGUAGGAAACAGAACUGAGGUAGAGCUCUUCAUCAUCCUGGUGGAGAUAGGACGCUGAUUAAGAAUUGAACCAAAAGAUGCUGUAAUCGUACAGCUUCAGAUUUGUUAUUAUCACAUCACAUCUCAUCGUUCAUUUACCAGUAAGCCACCACCAUUGUCACUGGUGGUACAAAGAAUGACUGUAUAAUAUUUGUCACCAUUUAUGGAAACCUAACUUUUAAAUUGCCAAAUAUAAAAUCAGGAGGUGCUGGAAUACUCUAGUGGCCAAGUAGUGGCUCUCUAUUUCCCUCUCUAUUUUUCUUUGUUGCACUCUCCCUUCUGCGUUCUCUUCCCCCUUCUGCAUCCUCUCUCCCAUUUGCUUGCCCUCAUUUUUGCGGCCUCUGUUUUUGCACCCUCUCUUUUUGCCCUCUUUGUUUGCUCUCUUACUCUCAUCUGCACCCACUCCCUUUCUCUCUUUUGCACCCUCUCUCUUACACUUUCAUGCUCUCUCUCCCUAUUUUUCUCUCUCUCUCCUUUUCAGCAGCAUGAAAGGUGGAUUGUUUCUCUCUCCAUUGAUUCUGCUUGGCCUGCACAGUAUUUAUAGCAAUUCCUGUUUUGAAUUCAGAUUCCUUGCAAUAACCUGUUGGGUUUUUUUUGCUUCUUGAUUUAAAUUGCUUGUAUAUCAAUUCAAAAAGGGGAAACCGCCUUUUUACCUCAUCCAUUCUCCUGAAAUUAGUUCAGAUUAAGAACACAAAGAUGAUCAGAUAUAGCAGCUUGAGCAUGAUUCACAAAUUUAGUAGGGUCUUGACUAAACUUUUAAUACAUCUCCUUGCCUGAUCCCCUUGUGCAAACCAGUGAUCAAAUCAGCAUAAUUUCAACCUCUUCAAUAUAUGGUUCAGAGUUUGCUAUCAUAAAUUAUUGUUUAUAUUCAUUCCUUUGGGACGUAGCAGUGGCAAAACACUAUGUCCAUUGUGGCAAUCUGUGGACUUCAUUUGCUCGUUGUGAUACCUCUAUGCUCCCUUAAAUCAGCUUUUUUUGCCUAGUUCCAAUGUGAAACCCCCAAGGCAUGUUUUGAGGAUCUUGGAAGAAUAUUUACUUGGACUAUUAGUUGGGCCUUCAAUCUAGAAGGAUGAUCAGAUUUCCCAAGCAUCGUGCUAAAAUUCGGAACCAAAUUUGUUAUGCUGCUAUAUACUGGUCUUACCAAGACAAAUGGAAACUAAUUAUUCUAGAUUGCUCUGACUAGAGUGGUGCUUGCCAGUUACUGUACUCUUGUCUUACCAAAGCUAGUGCUACACCAACAGUUAAAUAUUUACAGUAACAGUGCCGAGAAGGUUUCAGAAAUCUUAACAAAGUGGGAAAGAAACAGAAUUUUUUUUUUAAAUGUCAUCAAUGAACGUAUGUUAUGCUACUUUGAAUGGAAUCUUUCAUUGCAGGAUGAUUAUUGCAUUAAUAGAGUAGUUCUUUAUAUUAGAUCAAUAAUUUUAUCAAUAAUAUUGUUUAAAUAUUAAUCAAUUAUAUUGUAAGUGAUAUACACAGGAAUACAUGCAGUUUUAUUAGAGGGAACAUUUUUAAUAACUGAACAGCAGGAUUUUCCUAACUGGCCUCGUGUGUAAUUGGCCUAUUGAACUGGGCAGAGAAUUAUUAAGAAUCAAUUUUCACAAUAUAUAUUCUGAAUUGUGAAUGAACAUAACACGUAAUGUAUGUGUCACGUAAACAAUCAACCUCUUUCCUAUAAAUUGAUCGCAUAAUUCUAAUUCAGUGAUGCAUACACAUAUCAACAAAAUGUUCCGUGUUUCUCACAAAUAUCAACAUCAAUGCAAAUACUGAAUCUCGCAUGUCUGUGGUAACACCGUCUUUUCUUGUACACUUCUAUUCCCUUGUCAUGCAUAUAUGCCAUCAUUUUCACAAAUUCAAAUAUAAAUUUCCUUUUGUAUUCGUGUCUAUGCAUUCUGCAUUACGUAGAUAAAUGUGGCCUGUUCAUCUUGCUCCCUGCUUGCAUGUCAGCCUAACAUCACCACUGCUAUUGCCUGGAUCAGUUCUUAAGACGGUCAUACCACAACAAGAAUAUUGCAUACUUCCAGAAAGGUAUUCUAUUGAGCCAAAACAAUGAUCACCAAAAUAUAAUUUUGAUUGGAAAGAAAACAGGUGGAAUUUCUCCCCAACUGGCACAUUUUAGCUCAAUGCCAUUGUGUUAACGCAUUGAUGAGAACAUUCCAGAAAAUAACUCAAUAUUUUAUAAGUGUGUGUAAAAAAAAAAUGUAUUUUUACAAUUCACAGAAUUACAUUUAAUUUAUUGUGUUUUAUGAAAAAAUAUAUAUAUUCUAGGUUGAAGUUCUUGAGGGUCUCAUCUUCCUUGAAACUCUAUUUGAAGAUGUUUGAAGUCAACCCAAUAAUGUGUUACUUCUCCAUUUUUGGACGUAGAAGGAUAAUUAAAAAUCAACCAGAGCAAAUAUGAUAAUUCUUCCCUUUUAAUAUUUGAAUUAAUCUGUGGAAGUUUCCUCGUCUAUAUCCUGUACUAUGUAAAAGAUUAUUGAAAGAGACUGAUCUACUGAACCUUAUCUACGUACCUCAUGUAUUCAGUUAAUAAACAUCAGUUUUAGGGCGACAUAAAUAAAAUUUAAGAUUAAAUCA